GAAUUCCGCACAAAUCAACACCGCGUCUCCAGUCACAGGUUCUCGAGUCCCACGCCAACGACGGUGCCUGCGAUGCCACGCCCCUGUCAACGCCGUCGCGCCGUCGCCGCGCACCGAAACCCCAAUCCCAAACCGAAAGCAAAAGCAAAAUCCGCCGCGCCGCCACCCAUUCGUCACAAAGCCCGCCAAAAAGCCAUCCACAACGCGCGCCGCGCGCAGAACAAACGUGAGCAGGAGGAUUUUGUGGCCGCGUCGAAUCGCGGAAACAACUUUGGAGUGCUGCCUGGGCGUGGGCAUGCGCGAGGGAGCCAGUAUGAUCCCAUUGCGCUAGACGACGUGGUCGAGGAUGGGGAGGUGAGCGAUGAUGACGAUACGGACGAGAUGGACGAGGAUGACGAUGACGACGGGGAUAUGAUGAUCAAUGUGCAGGAGUACCGGGGAAAAGUGGGGACGAGAGAGGUCAUGUUCACGGAGGGAGAGGCCGUGGGUAUCUAUAGGGAGUUGUGGCUGGCGGGGUUUCCGCUGUUGGGCAGGGGAGUGGGAAGGUUUGGAGGUAAAGUGCAAGUCACGAACGCCGUGGGUUUGGAACCGUAUUCACGUCUUGCCUUUAGCAGAUCGGAUACGACCAUUCAACCAGAGACUGCCAACCCUAAGAUUGCCCUGUCGAAGACUUCAUCAAAUACUUCACAAGCACCUGUACCACCACCCCGUCGAAAGCCCGCCAACACGGCACCAAAGAGUGUAAGAAACCCCGCACAAGUACCCUACCAUCCCGCGCAUGACUACAAAUUCGAUUUUGGUACGCAUCGAGGCAAGACUUUCCUCGAAGCGCCCGAGAACUACUUGCGCACAAUAGGCGGCCAAGCCAUGGUCUUCGACGGCCGUCACAAAGGGCUCAAGGAAGCAUUCGACUACUACAGACCCGGCCGCCGAAGUACCAUAGUUGACGAUCCACCGCAAUUCGAAGAGUACAAACAACCGCCACCACAGUUUCUGGCACCACGCGCAGCAACAGAUGAUCGUUGGGAAGACUAUCAAUUACCCAAGGGCCGUUGGCUUGGCAAGAGACUUGACCAAGUCCCCGAGGAUUAUCUCAGGACUUUAGAGGGCAUGCUAUAUCGUAAGCAGCUCGGCUGGGAGGGCCUGAGAGCCGCGCUAGUGGAUUUCAAUCAGAGAACGGGGAGAGAGGGUAAGCUGCAAGGUUGACCACUGCUUAAGCAAAACAAUAAGCCAGGCUCGACGUCUUCGAUACAUUCUGCAAAUGCGGAAUAGCAUUUGCGAAGUACCUUGAGGAAGUCCAGUUCCUCUGUUCCAUGGACAGUGGGUGACGUCGA